AGCACAUUCUCCGCGAACCAAACUGGCCAAGAUACUGGCUGCUGAAAUGGACUAAUAGACGGAAUGUCACUGGGAUGGUAUGAUUUUCGCUCAGCUCAAAACACAAACAAUUGUACAAGCGUCUGAAAAAAAGCAUGUAUUUUGAUGGCUGGUUUACAUCUAACUACUUUAUUGGCCACUCUAGGUCGUCACGUCUGACUCAAACAAAGCAAAAUUGCUCACGCAUACAUGCUUCUGCAUAUCUGUCAUCUUUUAACCUACUAGUCCAUCUUUCAAUUCAAGCGGCAAAGCGUGAAUAUUUCAUAUUGCCCACCAAAAGCUGGAGCUGUUUAUAUGACCACCCGUACCGGCUCGUAGGAGGAGUCGACAAACGGACAUUGGCAUGCAGUUCAGGUGGCUUUGAACUGACCUGCGGUGCAAACAUAUCAGGCAAGCAUUGUUCACCCCAUUCAAGUGGAAAUGCGAAUUUUGCAGUGUUCCUUUGUCGAAACACUGGGUCGGAUAGUGCAUUCAGUGACCAGCUGUACUGCAUCUGCUAUUUACUCUUGCCAUUCUUGCUUCGCUCUGCACAUCUUUCGGCUACUCAGAGGUUCAUAAGCACUUGUAUUUAACUCUUCUAGACCAUUACUUUGCAACCAGUCUUCUUAGUAUAUCCUAUUUACAAACAUGGCGACCAAGCAUGCUGUAUUUGCCCUCAC